UGCGCUCUAAGGCACAUUUUAAAAAGCUUAAGAGUUGACAGUCAGCCUGUCUGAGCACAGGGCGAAAUCUUGUGAAGCUGCUCUCCUCCUCCUCGGACUUUACCAAAAUGUCCAAACCCAAGUUUCAAGCGGAGUGGGAGGAGAUCGACGAAGAAUAUCAACAAUUACAGGAAACUCACAAAAUAUACAGACAGAAACUUGAGGAGCUCACCAAUCUUCAGACCACUUGCAGCACUGCCAUCAGUAAACAGAGGAAAUGCCUCAAAGACUUGAGGUACAGCUUGACCAAGUGUUCAAAAACAUGUGACGAGAAGGAAUUGGAACUGAUAACGGAUAUCAGGUCACAAAUCAAAGAAAAGGCCAGCGUGUUCUUUGAUAUGGAAGCAUACUUGCCAAAGAGAAACGGGCUGUACCUGAACUUGGUCCUCGGCAACGUGAACGUCACACUCCUCAGCGACCAGGCAAAAUUUGCCUACAAAGACGAGUACGAGAAGUUCAAGCUUUACAUGACGAUAAUCCUGAUGUUUGGAGCAAUCACCUGCCUCUUCUUUCUCAACUACCGAGUCACUGAUGAAAUCUUCAACUUUUUACUGGUGUGGUACUACUGCACACUGACCAUAAGGGAAAGCAUCCUGAUGAGCAACGGCUCCAGGAUCAAAGGUUGGUGGGUGUCCCAUCAUUACGUAUCCACCUUUCUGUCGGGUGUGAUGCUCACCUGGCCAGAGGGGCCCAUGUACCAGAUGUUCAGGAGCCAGUUCCUCGCCUUCUCCAUCUAUCAGAGCUUUGUUCAGUUCCUCCAGUAUUACUACCAGAGCGGCUGCUUAUACAGGCUGCGGACUUUGGGGGAGAGGAAUCAGCUGGACCUCACAGUGGAGGGGUUUCAGUCCUGGAUGUGGCGAGGCCUCACCUUUCUCUUGCCGUUCCUCUUUUUUGGCCAUUUCUGGCAGCUGUACAACUCGGUGACCCUGUUUCGCUUGGGAGGACGUGAGGACUGUAAGGAGUGGCAAGUAUUCAUGCUGGCGCUGACGUUUCUCGUCCUGUUCCUUGGGAAUUGUCUCACCACUUUAAAAGUCGUCCACCAAAAGUUUCAGAAAAACCAGGAUAAUCUGCAAAAAAAUGACUGAGGGGGGAAAAAAAAGAGAGAAAAAAAAAAAGUCUUCCCAAAUGGCCAGUAAAUCUUUUGAAGCGACGCGCACACAAUAGCUGGGUGGAUUUACAGCGUUGGGUUCAGGCCAGGAGAAGACUCUUUGAUGGCGGCAACGGCCAGUAUCUGCCCCCCCCCACCCCCAAACCCCCCCCUCACCCGGCCUUCUGCUUUCUAACGAGCCUACGUUGAUGUCACUGCACACUAGGUCACGACACAAAGGGGUGUUCACCUGGUAGACCAACAGUUUUGUCGCUUUUCGUCCUGUAGAUACAAAGGGGAGCGGGACCAAUGUGGUGUUUGUUCCGGGUUGUGCGUUUGUGUCCGUGCAUGAAUCUGUGAGGAGGAUGAUUUGGUCUUUUUGUCCAAAUCAUAUGCAAGAGAAAGAGGGCACACGAUCAACGGAGCGGAAUACAGCUUUGUGUAUUCUUUUUGAAGAGCUGACGUCUGUCAUGUGCUCCGUGCCUCUGUGACGUGGCACCAGUCAAACAGCCUCUGGCUUUGGACACUAUCAACUUGGCACUUGUCUUCAUUUCUAGAAUGAUGUAAUGUUUUAUGUGUACUUAUGAAUUCCCUCUUGUGCUAUUACACUGCUAACAGGUUUUUUGUUUUUUAAUUGACCUACAGGUUGACGACUUAAAAAAAAAAAAAACAUGAACCUGAUACUUGACUGCCUCUCGAUUUCAGAAGUUUUUUUUUUUUGUUUUUUUUUCAAAUAGUCUUCCCACUUCCUCAAAAGAACAAGGACUGUAAGGGAAUGUGUUACUCUUUCUGGCAGCGGUUGCAAAAGCCAUAACUGUAUUUAUUGGUUUACAAUAUAACGCCUAAACUGUGUUCGGAUGAGUCCCAUCAUCUCUACCAUACGCUAUGUUCCACUUAAAUGAAUGCUAACUAAUUAUCAGUUUCACUAAUGGUCCAACUUCUUUCAUCUUUAUUACAAAGCCGUAAACAUGGUUUUUGAACUUCUGAAACCAAGAACAUACUGUUACUUUUCUGCAUCACAUUACAAAAUGUUGUAUCAAAUGCUGCUAUUAGUGCUGGUACUGUGAGACUAAGCUGCAGAAUGACGAGUGAACAUGUGGAGGGUUAUUGUUUUUCUAAUUCCAGUCAACAUAGUAAAUAAAAUAUUUGUGUAAAAUAACUCCUUGCCAACCCCAAAGCUUUUGGCAUAGUUGACAUCUUUGUUCCUGUCUAAUGGUCGUUUGAAGUUUUUUUUUUUUUUUUUUUGCAUUUCACUAGUGUCAGAU